AUGGAAAAUGGUGGGGAUUUAAUACUUGUGCACAAUGCAUGCAAAGACAAAUCUUACAAGGGGAAAUCCUCUCUGCAGUUUAGCCAGAGUCUAUAUGACUAUUUUUCUUCACUGGAAUAUAUUUUGAAAUCUCAGCUUCUCCAUGCUUCCUGCACAACACGUGGACAAUUUCCCUCUUUUAAAUAUUUCUCCUCAUGCCAUGUUAUUUUUGUAUUUCAUUCUUCAUUUGGAAGGACUGCAGUGGAUUCUUGCAGUUCUCUGACAGCAUCUGCUAGUCUAAGGAAUCCAGAGGGUAAAGGAAAAAAGAGAAAUCCUCUUCACGACUACAAAAAAACAGGAGAGUUGGUGCUCAUUAAAGUAAACAAAACACUGGAAGUAAAAACGAAGCUGUUAAAUACCACAGAGCAAUGUGCAAAGAGAUGCAGCCGGAGCAAGGGCCUUUCCUUCACUUGCAAGGCCUUUGCUUAUGACAGAGUUACAAAACGGUGCCAUUGGUUAUCCUUCAACAGCUUGACAAAUGGUGUGAGAAAGAAGCAAGACCAUGCGUUUGAUCUGUAUGAAAAGAAGGAUUAUGUCAGAAAUUGUAUCAUUGGAAAAGGAGCAGACUAUAAAGGAACAAUAUCUGUUACCAAAAGUGGUAUCCCGUGUCAGGCCUGGAAUUCAAUGAUCCCCCAUGAGCACAGCUUUUUGCCUUCGAGCUAUCGGGGAAAAGACCUGAGGGAAAACUACUGUCGAAACCCCCGAGGGGAAGAGGGAGGUCCCUGGUGUUUCACCACCAGCCCAGAGAUGCGCCACGAAGUUUGUGACAUCCCCCUCUGCUCAGAAGUUGAAUGCAUGACCUGCAAUGGAGAGAGUUAUAGAGGGCCAAUGGAUCACACCGAGACAGGCAAGGAGUGUCAGCGCUGGGAUCUUCAGAGACCACACAAGCACAAAUUUCGUCCAGAGAGAUAUCCUGACAAGGGCUUUGAUGAUAAUUACUGCCGCAAUCCUGAUGGCAAGCUGAGACCAUGGUGCUACACUCUUGACCCUAACACCCCCUGGGAGUUCUGUGCAAUUAAAAUGUGUGAGGAAGGCGUCGUGAACGGCACCGAGGCGGCGGCUGCGACCACGGCGUGCGUCCGGGGCCAGGGCGAGGGCUACCGCGGCACGGCCAGCACCAUCUGGAGUGGCAUCCAGUGCCAGAGGUGGGACUCGCAGUUUCCUCACCAGCACAACAUCACUCCUGAGAACUUCAAAUGCAAGGAUUUGAGGGAGAACUACUGCCGAAAUCCAGAUGGAUCUGAAUCACCCUGGUGCUUUACCACUGACCCAAACAUCCGUAUUGGUUAUUGCUCCCAGAUUCCUAAGUGUGAUGUAUCAAAUGAACAAGAUUGUUAUCGUGGCAAUGGCAAGAGUUACAUGGGAAAUCUAUCCAAGACAAGAUUUGGGCUAACUUGCUCCACAUGGGACAAAAACAUUGAAGACUUACGUAGGCAUAUACAAAUAUUCAGAGAACCAGAUGUUAGUAAACUGAAGAAAAACUAUUGCCGCAAUCCAGAUGAUGAUUUUCAUGGUCCCUGGUGUUACACAGAUGAUCCUCUUGUUCCCUGGGAUUACUGCCCUAUUUCUCGAUGUGAAGGUGAUACAACUCCUACUACAACCAGCUUGGAUGAUACUGCCAUUCCUUGUGCCUCAACAAAACAUUUGAGAGUUGUAAAUGGAAUCCCAACACAAACUAACGAAGGAUGGGUGGUUAGUUUGACAUACAGGAAUAAGCAUAUCUGUGGUGGUACUUUGAUAAAAGAAGAGUGGGUUCUUACAGCAAGGCAGUGUUUCCCUUCUCGGUACAAAGAUUUGAAAGACUACAAAGCCUUGCUUGGAGUCCAUAAUAUCCAAGGAAAGGGAGAGGAGAAGCGUAGACAAGUCCGAAAUAUCUCCCAGUUGGUAUAUGGCCCCCCAGGGUCAGAUUUGGUCUUGCUGAAACUUAGCAGACCUGCUAUAUUGACAAAUUUUGUAGAAAUAAUCCGCUUGCCCAUUUCUGGAUGUACCAUUCCAGAGAAGACCAGCUGCAGUGUUUAUGGAUGGGGAUACACUGGAUUAGUUAACUAUGAUGGCCUUCUCCAAGUAGCAAACCUGUUUAUUUUGGGAAAUGAGAAAUGCAACCAAUAUCUCAAAGGGAAGAUUACUGUGAAUGAGUCUGAAAUCUGUGCUGUGGCUGAAACCAUGGGUGCUGGGCCUUGUGAGCGAGACUAUGGUGGUCCUUUGGUUUGUGAACAAAACAGGCUGAAGAUAGUAAUUGGUGUCAUUGUUCCUGGCCGUGGAUGUGCCAUUCGAAAUCGUCCUGGGAUUUUUGUUCGGGUCUCAUAUUAUUCCCGGUGGAUACACAAGAUUAUGAUGACCUACAGAAAACCCUGAAAAAGUCAACAAUUUCUACUGAAAGAUUUUGGACAGCAUGUAAUUAAUGUGUAAUGUAAAGAUCAACAAUUUUUAAAGUACUUGAUAGUCAAGUUUGUUGAGCUUCUUUUAAUAUUUAUGGGUGUUUUUGGUGUUUUUUGUCUAUCAGUGUUGUUUUAUAAAUGUUGGAGCGACUUACAGUAUAUGCAAGUAUGGUGACAUAUCUCCUGAAGAUACUUGAAUGGAUAAACAAUUUUGCAAAGACAUUACUGGAUGAUAAAUGGUUUUGUAGAAAUAGAUCAUAUGACCUCCUUAAUGCUGCUCUUCAGAUUAUCUUAGAAGGAGAAACAAAUCAUAGUUCUACUUAACACAUCUUAUUCUUUCUAUGAGCCAUAUAUUUCUCUUCAUAUAUAACAAAAGCCCUACUGAGAGAUAUAUGCAUCUGUCAAGGACAGCAUUUAUGAUCAUAUUUUUCUUUCCCCCUUAUAAGAGGUCAAAGAUUUCAGUAUUUUAUUAAAAAUAAUAGCUUUAGUAAAUAGUCUUUUCAUUAUUGAUGGACUUUGACAAGCCUGCCAUAAGCAGAGUUCUCAUAGAAGUCACUACUCCUUUCUUUUACACAGCUUACAGACUCUAGUUCUGCACUUGGUUUCUUCACUGUUUAUGUGGUCCUCUAACAGAUAUCUCAGGCCCCAUUUUGGUUAGCAAACUAUUGAUAAUUUCUUUAAAGUUUGACCCAGAAAUAAUUGUGGAUUUUCAAUGCUAAAGACAGCAUCUCGUAUGGUUUGAAAAAGUAAUCUUCAUUAGUUAUUGGAAGACUUUGGGCGUUAAAAGAAAUUAAAAUCAAAUAUGCCCAAAUCUUCUAAACAAACAGUUGGUUCUAGUUACCUCGUGAAACUCUGCAUUUACAGCAAGAAAAAGAACAGUUGAAUCUAGCUGAGAGACUUAAGACUGGGAAAAGUAAGUUAAACAUUAAUGGGUUUUCAGAGACUUGAGAACUUUAAUAAAACCUUAACUAGAUUUGGAUAAAAUUAUAUCCUUUGUAUAUUUCCUUUCAGGAUAAUAAAACAAUUGUAGAGAUUGAUAUGAUCUUGUAUUUAAUAUGGACAACAUCACUGAUAGUUUAGUUGCUCAUUUCCUGCCUAUAUAUAGGACAAUCAUUUUCUUUUAUGCUGAUAGGGAAAGGGAACAAAAAAUCAUCAUCUAUGAAACAUGCUUGUUCUAUGUAGGCAUUUAGUUUUAUGUCUGGAAGUAUUGUACAAAUAUGUUGUUGUAAGUGGCACUGAUUACCCUUUAAUUUCUGGAAAAUUGAUAUGACAUAUAUCCAAUUGUUAGUUUUACUACUGUACAUGUAAUUGCAUAAGUAACAGCACUGUUACUUCACUUGCGACUGUGUAAAUUGUAAAUGUUUCCAGUAGUAUUUGGUCUGUGUUUCAUAUCUAACUGCACAGCCACAAGGCUGACACCAUGGUGUAGACCUACAAAAGGACAUUUCAGGCAGAAGAUGCAGGGUCGAAUCCUGCCCUGUCAGAAAGCAACCACUUCAGGGGAGAUGUCUUGGGAGACAGGCCUUGUCUUGACUCACCAAAUUUCCUUCAGCAGUGCACUUUGACUUCAGUGGGACUCGAGUAUGCUUACAUCUGGUGAGCUGGGAUGAGUUUCAGCCCAUGCCUAAGUGGUUUGGCUUGCUGAGAUUUGUGUCACAUAUCCAGCGGACUCUACUGGCACAUAGGAAGAAGUGUUUCAGCAAGCAGAGCUUCUGAAAUUCCUCCUGAUGUAAAUAGCCUCUUUGGACAAGAUGUGACUUCUCUGUACAGCAGAUUCAAGGUUGUGGAUGCUAUGCAGACAGUCUGUCUCAAUCUAUUCUGGCCACCUCUGAAGGCUUCAUGCUCCCUUUGACCUCUCUUACUUACCAGGCCUAAAAGAGGGCAGGAUUUAGCCUGUUGUAUUUACACAAUUAUUGUCACGUAGGUGAAGAGUGCAUUCAUACUAAGUAUAUACUGACCAUAUCUUAUUGAAAGGAUUACAUUUUUAAGAAAGACUUUUAAAAAACUCCAAGUGAGUUUUGUUCUCAGCCACAAGUAGAAUGUGGAUAAAAUAUACAAUUCCAUGUUCACUCUUUGUAUUCUAAGAAUUGUAAUGUGCUUACUGUAUUAUAUUUGCAGGAAUUUUGUUAUGUCUAUCUAAAAAAUUUGAAUCCUAAAAUAUUUUAGUUAUAAGCUUCUGCUGUGCAGAAGGCUGUGAUUUU